GGAAAGGAGGCGGGGCCGCGGCAGCGCGCGUCCCCGGAACGCGCGGCGCAGGCGGCGCGGAUCGUCGGGAGCCGGUCCGCUGCCGGAACGGGGUCCCGGCUGUGCCUGUGCCGCGGUGCGCUCUCGGGGCGUCGGCCGAGAUGAACACGGUGCUGUCGCGGGCGAACUCGCUGUUCGCCUUCUCGCUGAGCGUGAUGGCGGCGCUCACGUUCGGCUGCUUCAUCACCACAGCCUUCAAAGACAGGAGCGUCCCGGUGCGGCUGCACGUCUCGCGGAUCAUGCUAAAAAAUGUAGAAGACUUCACUGGACCUAGAGAAAGAAGUGAUUUGGGAUUCAUUACAUUUGAUAUAACUGCUGAUCUAGAAAAUAUAUUUGAUUGGAAUGUUAAGCAGUUGUUUCUUUAUUUAUCAGCUGAAUAUUCAACAAAAAAUAAUGCUCUGAACCAGGUUGUCCUUUGGGACAAGAUUGUUCUGAGAGGUGAUAAUCCGAAGCUGCUGUUAAAAGAUAUGAAGACAAAGUAUUUUUUCUUUGACGACGGAAAUGGUCUCAAGGGAAAUAGGAAUGUCACUUUAACCCUGUCCUGGAAUGUCGUACCAAAUGCUGGAAUUCUACCUCUUGUGACAGGAUCAGGACAUGUAUCUGUCCCAUUUCCAGAUACAUAUGAAAUAACGAAGAGUUAUUAAAUUAUUCUGAAUUUGAAACAACAUAUUUUUAUACCUAAUGAAUUGUAUCUCGUUUCUCUCUUCCUUGCAUCUUCAUUUGUUUUGCGUUAACGUUUUUUUUGGUAUAAGAAUGAACAUCAGAAGGCAUAUUUGAAGGGAAAGACUAAUGUACUACCUAAUUUUCCAAAUAAAAACAAACAAAGGCCACGAGAGUGGAGUAUUAUAAGAGUGAGACAGCCACAUCAGAAGCUUCUGUGAAAUACCUGUAUUUGAAGUCUUUGCUGUAUGUCCAUCAUUCUGGAUGGAAUAUGAGUGCUCAUGAAGGAUAGUCAGUACUUUGAGGUGCCUGUGGAGUCGGGAGAACUCUAUUUAAGCCUUGUGUUCAUGCAGGCUCACAUUGGAUGUGGUUUAGAAGCAGAUAUUUUCUUUCAUCUCUUUUAGGGUAUAUUUCAAUACUGGAAAAAUUAAUACUAGUGAGAAGCCUGGUUUACAAAACAGCCAAACAUGAUGGAAUUUUAUUCCAUUUGUCUUAGGAAUGCCCAAAUGCUUGUUUUUCUGACAGGUGACUAGCAGCUUUCUCCACUAAAGACUAAAUACCUCUUUAUAUGCAGUAAAUCAUUCUCAAAUCAUUUUAAAGUCACUUAAGUCUGUGUCUUUCAGUGCUUUCUCUAAAAAAAGCUCCUUGGUAUUAUAUCUUUGUGUGAUUUUUUUUUUUUUUUAACAUUGCCGUAGAAAGUUGAAAAUGUUUGCAUGGUUUACUCUCUGUUUGUUCUCCUGAGCAUGCCUAGUGCCACAGAGUGGUAAUUAUUUAAAUUUUUUUAUAGGUCCACAUUUUAAUAAUUAUCGGGGUAAUAAUAAAUAUUGUUGGUGUGGUUUUCUAUUUACAAGCACUCACGUAUAUUUGACUGUAUGUGAUUCUCAAUAAUAUAAUGAGGUAGGUAGUGCAAAUGUUAGCUCUUUGAAGAUAAAGAAACUGACCCAGAAGUUUAUUGGAUUGCUUCCAGGUUAUUACAUAGCCAGCAAGCAAGGGCACUGACCCUUGAACUCAGAUCUGUUUCUCUGAGCAUGUCCUUUCUUCUAUACCUCAGAUGACAGACUAGUCAAAAUUCACUUCUGUAAUUUUUAAUACAGUCUUUGUUACCCUGGACGCCCUUUCUAUUAGUUAGAAGAGUUCCUUUUCUAAAUGAAAGUGACUGAUUUUCAAGUUGCCAACAAUUUAUAUAGAGGUAAUAUGUCACUCAUUCUCUGCAUAAAUUAAUUCUCACAUUAAAAGUAAAAGAAUCCAAACGUAUGUAAAAAUAAUUUAGAGAUUGAUUAUAUAAUCAUAUUUAAUCAUGUUUUUUUCUACAGUGGACAAAUAAAUAUCCUCAAAGGAAGCAACUGCAGAUCAAUCAUCCCUAAAAGCUAGACCAAACACUGCAGGAACAGUGUCAGCAGUAACCAAAAAGGGCUAAUGUUUUCUAAGCAUCGUUUACACCAGUGGCUGAUGUUUGUCAUGAGAAACACAUCUCCAUUUACUUACAUUGCCUGGAACAGCUUGGCUUAUAAGGGCAUGUGUUCUGUGGAGGCCAGAGGUACAGUGUCAUGAAUACUAGACUGGGUUUGGCUCGCAGCUUUUUCAUUAAACUUUUCAGGGUCUCCGUUUCUUUAUCUAUAAAAUGACAGAGUUGGACUAGUUAAAUAGUGAUUCUUUUAUACCAUACACAUCUGUAAAAUUCGUUGUAUCUCUUUGGCCGAUUGAACAGAAAAGCACCUUAGUAAUGAGAGGGCAGAUGUAAUAAGAUGACUGAGAUGAAUUAACAUAUAAUUCAUAUUGAUCUGACUUUAUUUCUGUUAGAUUUUGCACCCAGAAGAUUUAACUUUUUGUAUAGUUUUUGUACAAAUACUAGACACAAACUUAACAUCUGUUGGCAUCAAAGCUUGAAAGGGUGUGUGCUCCUUGAGGAGGGUGCUCUCAAUGGGCCUGCAGCCCAGGGCAGACCCAGGGCCAGCUGACGUUCAGAGGCCUCUGGAUGCCUGGAUCUGUGUUUGCUGCACUUGAAUGUGGAAAUUUACUCCAGCUGCUGUUCAGUCCAGGCUCACCCCCUUUUUGGAGUUAGGAGAGGAAGGGGAGUAGAAAGGCCCACUAGCACAAUAAGAGUUUUUGCUUUCAUUUGAAAGAGAAACUGCUCAGGACAAGGAUGAUCCAACACGGGAAUACAAAACCUUCCUCUCAGGAACUCAUUUUUGGGUUUGCACAUCUUUGUAAGUCCACUGUAACUGCAUGAAAAGUUGGACCUGUAUUCAGUUGAUAACAUUGUCUACCUUAGCAUCAGUGUUUUCAAAAGUCUUGCAUUUCCACAAGACUGAAGGCUUCACACUUUGGAUUAGAAAGUCCUGGGAUCAUCCUGGGAAAGAAUUGUGAGACUCUCCUCUAGUGUGCUCCCAUGUUCCUUUUCUCCUGCGGUUUAACCUGGACCAGCACAUUCUGUUUUCCAUGCCCCACAAUUGAUUACAUUUGGUUUCUUUGUGCCUAAAGGAAGAUAACCAGAGACCAGAAAUCCUUUAUGGUGUAAUAGGAAAAGGGGUUAAUUUGAGUUUCUGUCUUUGUAAUUAUCUUACAGCUCUUUGGUGGGUCUGGCCAGCCUAGUGAUAGCACUGAGAGAGGCUUUAAGGCUAUAAGAACCAUCUAAACCUUAAAGCUUCGGAUCUUUGGGCUACAGGUUAAUGGGACUGCUUUAUAAUACUUUGAAUUGACAUGAAGUGAGUUUAUGGGGGGGAAACCAUAAGCUGUGAAUUUUGAUAGUCAACAUCUGUCCAUUUCAGAAGCCUCCCUUGCUUUUAGCAGACAGCCUAUGUACCUUCUAUGUGACUGCCAGUGGUUUAGUUUAAAACAAUCUCUUUCAAAAAAUUGUUGCAUGUUUUGAUGCAAUUUGGGAAACUGUUUACUUUAAAUUCAUAAGAAAAACAUUCAUGUCGAUACUGAAGAAACGUUUGAGGCUUUUCUUAAUUGCAAUAAAUAUUCAACAUUUUUCUAAUGAAAAUGAAUUUUGUUUACGAGUAAAAGGUAUGCAUUUAAAAGACUUUCAGAUUGAUGCUUUUUUUUUAAUGUGAAGCUGCUGAACUAAAAAUGGAUGAAACCAAGUCUAGUAAACUUGAGUUUUUUUCUUUU